GACCAUCUGAUCUUCACCUUGCAGCCAAAAGAGGGCACGAGAGAGUGCCAUUGGACUGGGAAACGAGGAUGCAGAUCGCCCUAGGUGCAGCACGCGGCAUCUCAUGUAUUCACCAAGCAAAUGGAGGGAAAUUUGUCCAUGGCAACAUCAAGUCCUCCAACAUAUUCCUGAACCCCACCACCGGCUACGGAUGUGUCUCCGAUGUCGGUUUAUCAGCCGUGAUGAGCGCACUUGCCCCUCCGAUCUCUCGUGCAGCUGGCUACCGAGCACCGGAGGUCACCGACACGAGGAAAGCAACACAAGCUUCCGAUGUCUACAGCUUCGGCGUGGUCCUGCUUGAGCUUCUGACUGGGAAGUCUCCAAUUCACACCACGGGUGGGGACGAGAUCAUACAUUUGGUGAGGUGGGUUCAUUCGGUUGUGCGAGAGGAGUGGACAGCCGAAGUCUUCGAUGUGGAGCUGCUGAGGUACCCGAACAUCGAGGAAGAGAUGGUCGAGAUGCUGCAAAUCGCAAUGUCUUGCGUGGUGAGGGUUCCUGAUCAGAGGCCGAAGAUGGACGAGGUUGUGAAGCUGUUGGAGGGUGUUCGAGCUAGGGAUACCGAGAACCGGGGAUCUACGGGAACUUCAACUCCACAGAUGGCGUCAACACCGGUAGCAGCUCCUGCUGCAACUUCGCCACCGCCUCUAGAAUCAUGAAGAUGAUUGAUGUAUUAGCGAAGUCCGUCGUAGUCCUUCGUUAUUCGUUGUCCUUUUGAUUUUAGCCAUUGAUCAUUCUGAUUGUGAUUUUAGUUGAGUGUUGAAUGAAUGGCUUAUUUGACACUUCCUUGUGAUCUCAAUGUUGCUGUCAAAUUUGUCAUUUGUUCAUUAUGUUUAGUAGUGAUGGUUGUCAAGUUGUGAUCUUUGUUGAAGUAAUUCAGAGUUGAAAAGCAAGUCUCUGUCUACCUCUGAGGAUCUGAUUUCGUUUAUUUUAUUUUAUUGAAUCUUAAUACUCUUUUUCUUUCACCAAAAGUGAACUGAAAUGUCUGCUUUGGGGAAUUCAAGCUUUUAAUUCAGCCUUUAUUUUGAAAAUGCAUCCGUCUUACUUCUUGUAUACACAAGCUUUAUUGAUAAUACUCGGCUGCAUUAAACUGAAAAACAACUAAACAAGCGCGACAAGCAAAGCUUACGAACUGAAUACCAGAAAGUAACGGGCCAUUCAUAGAAGCCCACCCGAAGCUUCAUGAACAGUACAAACCAGAAAAGCCCAACAUUUAUAGGCCCAACAUUGAUGAACACAUGCCUAAACCCUUUGUAGAAUUUAAACACCACAAAGAAAUUUUCCACUGUUGCCACUUAACGCCGGCCACCGCUUUAUCGUUUUGGGCAAGGUUGUCAACCCGCGGGUUGACCCACUUUGACCCUGACUCAGUGAGAAAAACGGGCCGCACGUACCCGCUGGGUCGACCGCCACAAGGUACAGGGUUAGAGGUCAAAUUGUGUCAUUUUUUUCUUUGUUUUGCGAAAUGCGCCUAUUUUCCGAUUUUUCUUUUCGCCUAACUCAAUAUUUGGAAUCCUAAGUUGAACAUUUGAAUAUUAAUGUUAUAUAAGUGUGUGUGAAUUUUCACUAUAUGUUGAAUCUAAGUACGAAAUGUUAUUUUGGUGUAAUAUUAUAUGUUAUAACUCAUAUGUUAGAUGAGAUUUGAUAUAAUUUAUCAGGACAAGUACAAUAUAAUGACGCUUUCCAUAUUUCCGGGCUAAAACGGCUGAUCCAUUAACCCUUGACCCACUAGCUCAACCGGGUCCGGGUCAACCUGCAGGUUGACAACCUUGGUUUUGGGUCUUAAGUGAGUAGGUUAUUAAUAGCAUGUUCGAUAGUUAGAAUUUUCUAAAUCUAUGAAUUGAUUAAUUUAUGUAUUCUAAUAGUUCCUAAGAAAAUGAGAAAGAAAAAGUAAGAGAUUGACAAUCUCACAUUUUAGUUGCAUUUACACUAAUACAUAAUAAUAAUUUUGGUGGACUAAUUUUUUCAUUUAGGAUAAUAAACGACUGAUACCCCUAAUUACAAAUAUUUGUCUAAAUAUAUCAUAUGAAUAUCAACUCCGAAACAACUCCUAAAGCACAAAAACCUAGUAAUAAAUCUAGUAAACAUAUCAUAACAUACCCUUUAAAUCAAGAGAUAAGAAUAUU